GCAAAAUGAAGGACCGGCUAGCAGAACUUCUGGAGUUGUCCAAGCACUAUGACCAGCAGUUCCCAGACGGGAACGAUGACUUUGACUACCCCCACGAGGACAUCGUGUUCGAGACGGACCACAUCCUGGAGUCACUGUACCGAGACAUCCAGGACAUUCAGGAUGAAAACCAGCUGCUGACGGUCGACGUGAAGCGGUUGGGAAAGCAGAACGCCCGCUUCCUCACGUCCAUGCGGCGCCUGAGCAGCAUCAAGCGCGACACCAACUCCAUCGCCAAGGCCAUCAAGGCCCGGGGCGAGGGCAUCCAGCGCAAGCUGCGCGCCCUGAAGGAGCAGAGCGAGGCAGCCGAGGCCCAGCAGGGGGCGCACUCGGCGGUGGCGCGCGUCGCGCGCGCGCAGUACGACGCACUCACACGCCUGUUCCAGCGCGCCAUGCACGAGUACAACCAGGCCGAGAUGAAACAGCGCGAGAACUGCAAGAUCCGCAUCCAGCGCCAGCUGGAGAUCAUGGGCAAGGACGUCUCGGGCGACCAGAUUGAGGACAUGUUCGAGCAGGGCAAGUGGGACGUGUUCUCUGAGAACUUGCUGGCUGACGUGAAGGGCGCGCGGGCGGCCCUCAACGAGAUUGAGAGCCGCCACCGCGAGCUGCUGCGACUCGAGGGCCGCAUCCGCGACGUGCGCGAGCUCUUUCUGCAGAUGGCCGUCGUGGUGGAGGAGCAGGCCGACACGCUCAAUGUCAUCGAAUUGAACGUGCAGAAGACCUGCGAAUACACCGGCCAGGCCAAGGCGCAGAUACGCCAGGCCGAGCAGUACAAGAAGAAGAACCCCUGCCGGGCCAUCUGCUGCUUCUGCUGCCCCUGCCUCCACUAGCCCGCUGGCCCGAGGUGGGAGGUUCCCAGCUCCUCACGGAACUCAGUCUUCAGAGGAAGAAGAAACGGGAGGUUCCAAGAUUCCAGCCCAGCUCGUGCUUGCAGAGAUGGUUGAUACCAUCCGACGGUCCUUGUGUAAAGACAGUCCUACUGAAGCUGUGGGAGGCCCUUAUGUGACACAGGGCACUCUUACCCUCUUAAUGGAAGCCGAAUAAGGAACUGAUGUUGUAUCUGACUGUAGCCUAAGUGUCCCAAGGCAUGCCUCCUGGUGAAAACUAAAGGAGAAAGUCAAUUUUCCAUCUACUAAUAGUUGCAUUUAUCAUCAAAACUUAAAUUCAUUCACAUUGUCCUGAAAGUUCCUUGAGUAUGUCAAUUUCGAGUGAAAUUGGCCGCGGGAAAAACUAUGCCUUUCAUUUCUGAUUCUGCAUCUGGCUUAUGCUAUGUGAUUCCCCCACUUCCCCACCCUCGCCAUAGACCUUUCUGCUCACCUCCCCUACUUACUAAAAUCACAUGGAACACUUACUAUUUCCUUAUCUCUUUCACUUUUGAUAUCUUCCACCAGAGUAUAUUUUGAUAUUAUUUUUCCAGAUAUUUUUAAGCACUGAAUAUUGAACAAGCACUCGAAUUAAAGUAUAUAUCAGUCACAUUUUUUGUAUUCUUCACAGUUAAAAAUUAUUUAAAGUUUAUCUUUUUACUUGAUUACAUAUGCAUAUAUGUAAAUGUCAAAUACUAAUAUUCACUAAAGCAUGUACAUAAUGACCAAUUGGCUUUACUUUUGUAAGUAUGGUAUGUAAAUAUCAAGGCAAACACUUUCUCUGGCUACUGGUGUUGGUUUGCUUGUUUUGAGUUUAUCUCACUCUGGUCUGCACCUCCAUAGUUCAGAUUGGGUCAAAACUUUAUUGUGAACAACUCUGCAUUGGUUAUGGUGGUAAAGACAAGUGAUGAAGGGUGAAAAUGAAUACAGAACUAGAGAUAAUAAUGUAAUAUUCUUGGAAAUACCACUUUUGUUUUACUGUGGACCAUUUCAUUCAUUCAUUGAAAUGGAGUAAUUUAAAAUAAAAUAAUCUUGUUUUCAAGUAAGCUUAAUAAACAUUACAUUAUAAAUAUACUUA